CCUUGUUCACGAAAAGCUCGCGCUGCCGAAACUCCAUCGCCGCCCAUCACCCAAGCAACGCGCCUGCCCCCUCGUCUUCUUCUUCCUUCCUCUCUCGCGGGCGACGGCCGGACUCCACUCCGCGAGGCCGGAGCAGGAUCGAAGGAGGGAGGAGGAGGAGGAGGAUCUACCUGCGGCGGCCGCGUCCGGCAUGGGGAGGUCCCCGUGCUGCGAGCAGGCGCACACCAACAAGGGCGCCUGGACCAAGGAGGAGGACCAGCGCCUCAUCGCCUACAUCAAGGCCCACGGCGAGGGGUGCUGGAGGUCGCUCCCCAGGGCCGCAGGGCUGCUGCGGUGCGGGAAGAGCUGCCGGCUGCGGUGGAUCAACUACCUGCGCCCCGACCUCAAGCGCGGCAACUUCACCGAGGAGGAGGACGAACUCAUCAUCAAGUUCCACGAGCUCUUCGGCAACAAAUGGUCGCUGAUCGCCGGGAGGCUGCCGGGCAGGACGGACAACGAGAUCAAGAACUACUGGAACACGCACAUCAAGCGCAAGCUCGUCGCCCGCGGCAUCGACCCGCAGACCCACCGGCCGAUCGCCGCCGCCGCCAGCGGCGCGCCGGGGCAGCAACAGCAGCAGCAUUACCAGCUGGAGGCGCCGAAGCUGCACGCCGCCGCCGCUCCGGGCCAUCACCACCAGCAGGACCAUUUCGAGGUCAUCUCGAACUCGCCUGAGGCCUGCAGCCGCAGCAGCGACGACGAGCCGCGGUCCGCCACUCCUCCACCGCCGCCGGCGCCGCCGCGACGGCACCUCGACAUCGACCUCAACCUGUCCAUCAGCCUGGCGCCCUACGAGCCGCCGGAGGACUCCUUCAAGCCACUGAAGCAGGAAGCGGCGGCGACAGCUGGACACGGCAAUGCGACGGCGGCGGUGUGCCUGUGCCUGAACAGCCUCGGGUACCGGCCGGGCGUCGAGUGCGUCUGCGGCGCCGCCAGGCAGGAGCAAUGGGCUCGGAAUUUUUUACAGGCAGCACCCUGCUUCAGAGGCCAAUAGUAGUGUAGCAGUAAGAGUGAUCAGUGACGACAUAAUCUUGGAGGGGAUUAUCGAGGGAGGGAAGGGGGCAGAUAUAAUAGUUAAUUAACUAGUUAAAAGCCACACAUGCUUAGCAGCUCUCUGUAACAUGCACCAUGGUUCUAUGAGGAAAAUGUGCUCUCGUUCUGUCGCU